CAGCUUGGACGUCUAAUACACCGGUGCAGAACGAGUCACAGUCACGGUAGUCGACGCAGAUACAUGGCUAGUUUGUAGCACUUGGUUGAUGUCGAGUUGAUGUAGUCGAUGUAGUCGAUGUAGUGUCCAUGUGGGAAGGCAGCAACCGCCGCGUCGUUGCGGCGGUUUGGCUUGGCAGUUGCAUCAACGAGCUAGGUCGCCGGAGCUCCAGCACCGCGACAUCAACCUCACGCCCGCUUUCCCGCCACAAUCGACUCUGCUGACCAUCACCGCCGCGUCACUCACCCUCAGCUCUUCAAACCACCAGCGCCGCAACCAUGGACUCGUUAGUGGCGCAGUACAGCCGCCCCAUCGAUGCGGACGAGGGCCAGACCGAGCAGCAGCAGCUCGAGCUGUACAGCGGCGCGCCGGAGCUGUCUCUCAAGUUUGCCCUGCCACCAGUCGCCCAGGCACAAUCAUGGCUCCGCGCGAUGACAGACGACUACUCCAACCCCAACUGCCCUAUCAAGAUUGCCCACGGUACCACAACCCUCGCCUUCCGGUUCAAGGGCGGCAUCAUCGUAGCGACCGACUCGCGAGCAACGGCCGGCAACUGGAUAGCAAGUCAGACAGUGAAGAAGGUCAUCGAGAUCAACAGCUGUUUACUGGGGACCAUGGCCGGUGGCGCUGCCGACUGCCAAUACUGGCUAGCAUACUUGGGCAUGCAAUGCCGUCUCCACGAGCUCCGACACAAGCGCCGCAUCUCCGUCGCUGCAGCAUCCAAGAUCCUGUCCAACUUGGUCUACUCCUACAAGGGCAUGGGACUGAGCAUGGGUACCAUGUGUGCUGGCGUGACCCCGCAAGAAGGCCCCGCGCUCUACUACAUUGACAGCGACGGUACCCGCCUCGCCGGCAACCUGUUCUGUGUCGGUUCCGGUCAGACAUUCGCCUACGGUGUGCUCGAUGCAGAGUACAAGUACGAUCUCGAGGACGCCGAGGCGCUGGAGCUCGGAAAGAGGAGUAUCCUGGCUGCCACCCACCGCGACGCAUACUCUGGUGGUUUCAUCAACCUGUACCACGUCAAGGAGGACGGAUGGGUCAAGCACGGCUUCAACGACACGAACCCCAUCUUCUGGGACACAAAGCUGAACAAGGGCGAGUUCUCGAACGUCACCAGUGAGUUGGUCUAGACGAGGCUGGGGACGAGUGCAGGAAGACAGUCAAGUGCAGAAUCUACAUUGGCUGCCCAAAUAGCGAGCUGUCAGAGAGCACUAAAUGACAUGAAUGAAUGAAAGCAUGCACGAUACACAUACACUUGAUGUACGAAUCGUGACCCACUACAGCUAAUUUCACUCGAGGAAUUAGAGGAAAGAUUAUGGUCCAUCAUUCAAUCUCGAUUUUUCAUCAUCGCUCAUUCUGGCCAAACGAGAGGUGGCCCUAUCUUACAGCAGU